AUGUCAAUCACAACCGUAUUAUUCAGUACUGAUUUCAUUUCUAAUAAUGUUCGUCUUAUUUUUAUUCAAGAAGCAACAGUUGUUAGUACAGAUAAUAUGACGAUGCAAAUUCAUACAUUACCUCCGCUUGCUCAAAAUGCAACACAACGCAUGAGUAAAUUGGUGGAAAAAGUUGAAACAACGAUGACUACUACUACUACUACUAAUCUUCGUACGAUCAUUGAAGAUAUUGCGAGUGCAGCUAAGAUGUUAAACAAUCCAAAGAAGUGA